ACCGUCUUGACAGUGCAGCAGUCAUUCUUGUACAACAUGUAAAUGUUUUGAAGAGGAAGGAAGCCGUACUCUGAGCUUCUUUACUGUUUAUUCUGAGUACUUAGAACCAUCAACCACAGACUUCACCCUCACUGUUCAGAACAACACACUGCCAGCAAGUCCACUAACCCCACUCCUCCCUUCCUCCCUGUUCAGCAAUUUCAAUGUAUUGUAAUGAGCUGGUUUGGUGGGAGAGAGCCAAUAGCAAAGUCUAAAAUAGUGUAAAUCCCGCCCAUUCUGCAUUUGAUUGGCUGAAGUCCUAGCCCCGCCUCCAGAAUCCUGUACAAACCGCAGGGUGGUGAUGCAGCUAUGGAGUUGAGAACUACAGGAAGUGUGUUUGUGGUCUUCCUCUGCUCUGUGGCAGUGGUGCUGGGUCAGGACAGGAGAGUGACUUACACCCUCCAGAGAGUCUGUGCCUUGAGAGGAUCAUCAGUGGACCUGUCCUGCUCCUAUAUUUACCCCAGUGGUCACACAGUCACUGAAACAUUCUGGUUUACCACAUGGAAGACUUAUCCCUAUGAUCCCAAUGACCUGAGUCUGGACCCAGAGUAUGCAGGUCGUGUGCAGUACCGUGGGGAUAACAAGAGAAAAGCAACCCUGACGAUCACAGACCUGAGAGAGAGAGACGCUGCUGAGUACAAGUUCAGGUUUAUAACAAACCAACCACAAGGGAAAUGGAGGGGGGAACCAGGAGUCACUCUCUCUGUUACAGGUCUUCAGGUGGAAGUGGCUCUUUCUACCAGAGGAGAGAGGGUGACCCUGACCUGUAGCUCCACCUGUCCUCUGACUGGUAACCCCUCCUACAUCUGGUACAAGAAAGGACAACAUGUACAACAGGCUUCAUCCCAACAGCUCUCUGUCUCCAGUAACUUUCAGGACAAAUACUCCUGUGCUGUAGAAGGCCAUAAGGAUCUCCGCUCUCCUGCAGUGUGUGUUUCUGGGAAGAACUGCAGGAGAGUGACUUACUCCACCAGGAGACUGUGUGUCUUGAAGGGCUCAUCAGUGAACAUCUCCUGCACCUAUUACAGUUAUUACACCGUCACCUCCAGCUUCUGGUUCAGUCCUGGAAGGAGAGAUGGAUGGAGGGACAUAUCUGCACCUGAGGACCUAGCUGGAGACCCAGAGUACGCAGGUCGUGUGCAGUACUCUGGAACAGAGAGGAAGUCCUCCACCCUGACCAUCACACACCUGAGAGAGAGAGACUCAGGAGAGUAUCGCUUCACAUUCAAGACAGGACAUCCACACUAUGACUGGGGGGACAGUUUCUCUGGAACCACUCUGACUCUCACAGGUCUUCAGGUGGAGGUGCCUCCUACCUGGGGAGAGAAGACCCUGACCUGUAGCUCCACCUGUCCUCUGACUGGUAACCCCUCCUACAUCUGGUACAAGAACGGACAACAUGUACGACAGGAUUCAUCCCAACAGCACUCUGUCUCCAGUAACUCUCUGGACAGCUACUCCUGUGCUGUAGAAGGCCAUGAGGAUCUCCGCUCUCCUGCAGUGUGUGUUUCUGGUCAGAAGUGCUGGAGAGUGAAUUACCCCACCAGGAGGGUGUGUGUCUUGAGAGGCUCAUCAGUGGACAUCUCCAGCACCUACACACACCCUAGUUACUAUAAGAUCACCAAAACAUUCUGGGUUAAAGGGAAGGCUCACAACAAGGACCUGAAGGAAGAUUCUAAGUACACUGAUCGUGUUAAAUACAUUGACACUAAAGUGAACCACCACAUCUUGAAAAUCACAGACCUAAGAGAGACUGACUCAGCUAAGUACAACUUCAGAAUCAUACCAGAUAAAGGGAAGUAUCUUGGCUCUCCUGGAGUGCAGCUGACUGUCACAGGUCUUCAGGUGGAGGUGACUCCGUCCACAGUGACGGAGGGACAGAGGGUGACCCUGACCUGUAGCUCCACCUGUCCUCUGACUGGUAACUCCUCGUACAUCUGGUACAAGAACGGACAACAUGUACGACAGGAUUCAUCCCAACAGCACUCUGUCUCCAGUAACUCUCUGGACAGCUACUCCUGUGCUGUAGAAGGCCAUGAGGAUCUCCGCUCUCCUGCAGUGUGUGUUUCUGGUCAGAAGUGCUGGAGAGUGAAUUACCCCACCAGGAGGGUGUGUGUCUUGAGAGGCUCAUCAGUGGACAUCUCCAGCACCUACACACACCCUAGUUACUAUAAGAUCACCAAAACAUUCUGGGUUAAAGGGAAGGCUCACAACAAGGACCUGAAGGAAGAUUCUAAGUACACUGAUCGUGUUAAAUACAUUGACACUAAAGUGAACCACCACAUCUUGAAAAUCACAGACCUAAGAGAGACUGACUCAGCUAAGUACAACUUCAGAAUCAUACCAGAUAAAGGGAAGUAUCUUGGCUCUCCUGGAGUGCAGCUGACUGUCACAGGUCUUCAGGUGGAGGUGACUCCGUCCACAGUGACGGAGGGACAGAGGGUGACCCUGACCUGUAGCUCCACCUGUCCUCUGACUGGUAACUCCUCGUACAUCUGGUACAAGAACAACCAAACCAGGCCAGAGACCCAACAGAAGCUCCUGUACCUGGACCCAGUCAGCAGUGAGGAUGCAGGCAGAUACUCCUGUGCUGUGACAGAACACCAGCAUCUUCGCUCUCCUGAAGAGACUCUCAAUGUUACAUACAAACCAAGGACUCUAUCAGUGUCAGUCAGUCCCUCUGGUGAAGUAGUGGAGGGCAGUUCAGUGACUCUGACCUGCAGCAGUGAUGCUAACCCACCAGGGCAGACAUACACCUGGUACAAGGAGAACAUCACCUCAUCUAAAUCAUCUGAACACAGCUACACCAUCACUAACAUCAGCUCUGAGGACAGUGGAGGAUACCACUGUCAGGCUGGGAAUACAGUAGGAGCUACAAACUCCUCUGUUGUAAUGAUCACUCUGAUCAUUAGAACAGGGAUCUCAACAGCUCAGGCUGCAGCAGCAGGAACCACAGUCUCUGUUCUCCUGGCCGUCAUCCUCCUCUCUGCCUGCCUCCUCUGCAGGAAGAAGAAGACCAACUGCAGUAAUUCCAGGCACCCGGUAGAUAAUGGACAGGCACCGUGACGUGUUUCCCCCACCUCCUCCUCCCCCCACACAAAGCCAUCGCUAAACUCCAGUAGCAGCUGUUUUAACUGGCUCUGUUGGAUCUCAUCUGGGCCCCCUCCUGAUCCCCCCUGCUGAUCCCCUCCUCCUCUCACUGUGGGGUUGGGGCGGUGAGGUGGGCCCGGGCGCGAGGGCCCAUUGUCAUUUCCUUGGGCGACGGGGAUAUCCCUCACAGUCCCGCUGCAUAUGUCCAGGCUGACCACAUCCUCAGCAGACUGUGGGAGUGGAGCUGGUGUUAGGCUGCUGCCUGGAGCCCUUCUCCAUGACCAGUGAAGCAGCCUUGACCAACCCACCAGACUCGUCCACCCACCCUGGCUUGAUGAUUUUCCGGUCCUCCAGUCACCACCGCUCUCUCACCUCAGGCUGCUUGUCAGCGCCCCGGCUCUCUUCUCUUUCCCAUAACUCCCUAAAAGUCCUCAAAUUCAGUCAGCCUUGUCCACAAAUGACCUUAUGGACGAAACUUGACAUUUAGAAUUUUCUAAAAAGUAAAACAAUCAAAAAAAAGUAAUAAAAUAAAAUACAAAAUUCUAUUAGAUUGUCAUAUUUCGAUAUUUAUUUUGUAUUUUUUAGUGUUUUACUGAUUUACAAACAUUUGUAUUUUAUUAAAUUACAUUUAGUUGUUUACAGUUUUUCCAGUUAGUUUUUUUUGUCGUCUGUACACCACCCUGCUGUCAUGGUAACAAUGUUGGGUGCUGGAAAAGUCCUGUUUAAGGCAAAAUCCAACAAAAGCUUUCUUUUUAGUUAGGUUUUUUAUUUACUGUAGCUUACAUUUCUGUUGUCCCUGUUAGGGGAAGGUCAGAAGAGUCCCAAUCUUUUAAAAGUGCUAAAUAAUCA